AUGCUCAACGCCACUUCCGUCUAUCGAACCUCCCGGUCGUCUCUGUCAUCAUCAUUCCCCAGUCGACGGAGCGUCGUCCACAGCUGCCAUGGCAUCGUUGCCUGUACGCAGCCGUUGGCGGCUGCUGCGGGACAGAGGAUUCUGCGUGAAGGGGGGAAUGCUGCGGAUGCUGCUGUCGCUGUAGACUUGUUGACUGUUUGUACCCAUCGCGUCCACGCGUUGAACGGAUCAGGAAGGUCUCCUGCAGCGAUCAGCCUAGAGGCUGUGAGAAAGAGACUCGGUGCGCGAUCUGCCACCAUCCCCAUUACGGAUGUCUGCGCCGUGACGGUGCCCGGAGCCGCGGCAGGCUGGGUGGAUGUUGUGGACAGAUUCGGCAGCGGGAAGUUGUCGUUGAUGCAGAUCCUGAGACCGGCGAUUGAGUUGGCUGAGGAGGGAUUUCCCGUGUCUGAGAUUGCGGCUUGGAUGUGGCAAAACAGCGAAGACAUCAUCCGCACUGGCAGUCCUCACACCUGUCAAGAUUACCUCGUGCAAGACCCAAAAGCGAAAGACGGCCUGAGAGCGCCCCGAGCCGGAGAGAUCUUCAAGAAUCCUCACCUGGCGCGAACAUUCCGGUUGCUGGCGGAGGAGGGCAAGAAGGGAUUUUACCAGAGUCGCAUUGCAGAGUCGAUCGUCCAGGCGGUGCAGGAUCGUGGCGGAUUCUUGUCCUUGGAGGAUCUGCAGUUCCAUUUGGAGACAGGAUCUCAGGAGGUCGACGCGUUGUCCUUGACUUUCGACGCUCGGCAUCUCCUCCAGCAGCAUGAGCAUCAAGAAAAAGGCUACAUGCCAGAGACAGUGCGUCUCUGGGAACAUCCCCCCAAUGGCCAGGGCAUUGUUGCGCUGAUGGCGCUGGGGAUUAUGCAACAGCUUGCGCGGACAGGUCGUAUCCGGCCGUUUUCUCGUGCUGACCACAACAGCGUCGAGUACCUGCACGCGGUCAUCGAGAGUCUGCGCAUCGCUUUUGCGGACGCCAAAUGGUGGGUGACAGAUCCCGAUAUUCAGGACAAGCUCACUCCAACCCAUCUCUUGCUCUCAGAAUCGUACCUGUCCGAACGAGCACAGCUCUUCUCACCAGAUCGCAAAGCCACCAACCUACGACCCCUCGGCCACAGAUUCAAGGGGCGAAGUCCAGCGCACAACCACUGCGACACAGCAUACUUCGCCGUGACGGACCGAUGGGGCAAAGGGAUUUCGUUCAUCAACAGCCUGUACGGCAACUUCGGCACGGGGAUCAUCCCGCCAGAGACGGGGAUCAUCCUGCAGGGCCGUGGCGCCAGUUUCUCGCUUGAUCCUGCCCAUCCCAAUGUCGUGGCGCCGCGGAAACGUCCCUACCACACUAUCAUUCCCGCGCUGACUACAUGUGCCGUGCCUAUCCCAGAAGGAAAUGACACUACUGACGAGGAGGUCGGCUCAAACGAGGUCCUUCACUCCGUCUACGGCGUCAUGGGCGGCUUCAUGCAGCCACAGGGCCACGUCCAGGUACUUCUGAACCAGCUCCUAUUCGGACACACGCCGCAGGGCGCAUUGGACGCGCCGCGCAUCUGUGUGGGCGGUUGGCUACCAGGAGCAUCAGCAACUGCGAGUACUACCUCGGAGGAGGAGGAUUCUGACCCGUCGGACACUGUCUUCCUCGAAGAAGGCAUCCCCGAACAUGUCGCCGCUGGACUGAGGCAGCUCGGCCAUCGCGUCCAUUUUGUCCGCGGUUGGGGCGAACGAGAGAUGUUUGGCCGGGGACAGAUCAUUCGAUGCCACUACGAUUCGGACGGGAGGGUUGUGUACAGUGCUGGCAGCGAUCCUCGGGGUGACGGGGGUGCUUUUCCUGUGUAG